AUGAUUGUACAACGUCGAAAAUAUCAUGUUCCAUGGCCAAAUUCACUAUGGCAUUUAGAUGGCCAUCAUUCGUUGAUACGAUGGAAUCUCGUUGUUCAUGGUUGUAUCGAUGGAUUUUCAAGAAGAAUCAUAUAUUUGCAAUGUAGUACAAAUAACUUGUCUGAGACAGUCCUUGCCCUGUUUCUCAAUGCCACAGAAGAAGAUGGAGGAUUAUGGCCUUCAAGGAUUCGAGUGGAUAGAGGAGUAGAAAACGUUCGUGUAUGUGAUGCUAUGGUGGAAGCAAGAGGUGAGGGUAGAGGCAGUUUCAUAGCCGGGCCAUCAACACACAAUCAACGAAUUGAGCGGUUAUGGUGCGACGUAUUUCGCUGCGUGCUUCAUUACUUUUACUACGUAUUUUAUGCCAUGGAAGAUGCUGGCAUUUUUUUUCUUGACAAUCCCACGCAUGUUUUUUAUAUUACACUCUGUAUUUCUGUCUCGAAUUAAUCAAGCACUGCAGGAAUACAAGCGUGCUUUUAACCACCAUGGCGUUCGGACAGCCAAUAAUUGGUCGCCAAAUCAAAUGUGGCUAAAUGGAAUGAUGAAUGCGGAAAACCAUUAGCACACGAGGGACUGGAUGACACUCCCGAUGACUUACAGUUUUAUGGAUACGAUCGUAAUGGUCCAUCCCCCUUCGAAGAUAGCGAUAACAACGUUGGUGGUUCACCUAUAUAUCAUAAUGAGACCACUGCAGAAAUUUUAACCAUUCUUCCCCUCAACAGUUGAUCCUCUCAGACCUUCCACUGAAAUGGGAAUCGAUGUGUAUCUUGAUGCUCUUGGUUUGGUUGAAAACAUGCUGAGAGAGCAGACGGAAUGA